AAUAGCAUAUGACUUGGCUUCUUCUGCUCCUACUACUAUUGCAGGAAAUUCUCAUCUUAAUUUAUUACGGAAAGAAAAGCGUAUACUUCGUGGAAUUAAUGGUUACAAUUAUCCCGAGUUCUUUUACCUGGAAAAGGUUCAGGAAAGACUUAACAAAUGUAAUAUUACCAAGUCUCCUUCAAUGCAAAAUCUAAUAGACAUAAUGAUAAUGCUAUGUAUACGAUCGGCAGAUGUAAAAAAUCUUUGUAUCAACCGAUACAAACCAAGUCGUGAGUCAUGGUAUAAUCCUGACUAUUCUUGGUACUGUAUUGGUUAUGCAAAAAAUAAAGGUGAGAGAUCAAUACCAGAUAAAUUUUCCUUCUUGUUAAAAGAUAAAAAUGGGAAUACUAAUAUUGCACCUCUUAAUCAAUUCUUAAGUCGCCAUAGAAUUACCUCAUAUAUAUUAAGAAAAAUAGGUACCGAUCAUGCUUCCAGAGUAUAUGGAGGUAGGAAUGAUUCCUGCCGUCAAUAUUUAUGGCAAUUGGCAUGUAGACAUAAAAUAGGUCAUGCUUUAUCAGUUGAACAUUAUAGUGUAAUGAAUGACAGACCAAAUACCCCAGCAUCUAAACAAGAAAAUAGUGAGGUUGAGGAUAUCAUUGACCUAUAUAAUUACUAA